CUCUAUUCAUCUCAGAACGCACGCAAUAGAGCGGUCCCGUUCUCCCCGAAAGCUCUUCGCUCAUUGGUGGCUUCCGACCAAUUGAGUAAGAGCGCGCCCUCGUCCACCCAAUCCCGUCCGGAGGGAGUUCAAUCUCCAAUUGAGCUCGUUAAAUAUAAAUUGAGCCAAAUGACUAUGUGAGAAUUCAGUUUCGAAAGAGCUCCUGUAUGUGUCGAAUUUUUUUGUUGUAGUAGUAAAGAUUUCUUUUUUAAAUUUAUAUAGAAUGGAAGGUAGCCCGUUUGAUAGUCAAGAUUUUAGUGAUUAUAAUAAUCAACCCUUGCCCAGUUUGAGUUCGACGCUGUUAAGUUCGAAGGGUGGCGAUGUGCAUUCAAUACAGGUAAUGCUAGGCUUGCAGCAACAACAUGAAAUGUUCACCAACAUGGGAUCACCUCUGGAAUACGAUAAGUCCUCGCCUCAAAAACUUGAUGGAUCUCCAAUGCACCACCAAGACCUCUCCAUGACCUUUCAGCAUGGCGGAGCAAUGGAUAGUAUAGGAAGCACCAACGGAGUACAAUCGCAGAGAAAGAAAGAGGACGUGGUGAUGUUACAGAGUCAAACUUUGGAUUCUACGGAGAUUGUUAAUGCUUCCAGUACAACUAAUAAGAAAAGUGAAAAGAAGAAAAAUGAAGGGGGCGGUGUCAAGAAGAAAAAGACUAGAACGACCUUUACCGCUUUCCAACUGGAAGAGCUAGAACGAGCCUUCGAACGUGCCCCCUAUCCAGACGUAUUUGCUAGAGAAGAACUCGCGCUCAAACUCAACCUCAGUGAAUCCAGAGUCCAGGUUUGGUUCCAGAACCGACGAGCCAAGUGGCGUAAGCGCGAACCACCAAGGAAAACCGGAUACAUUUCGUCAUCCACACCGUCUUCCAGUAUAAACACCAAUUUCAAUCAAACGAUACCGUUUACGCAGGCUCAAGCCACGGCACCGGUUGAUUCAUGGAACUAUGGUCAAUCUACUUACGAACUUGGGGGCCAUUUGAACUUACUUAACUCAACGCCAGGAAGUUAUUCAGGGUUUGGUUCACCUGCUUCCUAUACUACGUUUGGUUCUACGCAAAACUCUUAUUCCUAUAUGCUGAACUCUCAUGAUAGUCAACUGUUUGCUGCUCCACCAAUGAGGACUCAUGAUUACUCUAGUCCGCCUACUAAUGGAAGUCCUCCUUUAGGUAGGGAGUAUUCUAUAUUACAAACUCAUUCUCCAGCAGGGGAUGAAAACUCCAUUGGAGUUAAAAUAGAGUAUGUGGAUCCGAAUAUAAACCAAUCGCCUGAGAGGUAUGGAAAUGGAUCUCCGAAAUAUGAGACUUCUUAUGAUGAUGGAAGAUUGAAGGAGUUGAAGCAGGAUGGAAAUGGGAAUCAGACGUACGUAUCUUUGCCCACGUUUUUGAAUUAAGAACUGCAAGGAAAAAUAGAAGUUAAAACGGUGAAGAGUGAAUUAUUAUGUCAAAUGAAUUUCAAAUAUUAGGACGAUAUAUUUAAUUUUGGAGUUUGGAAUAUAUCGAAUGCUUUUUUGUAUGUUUCCUAUAUAAUGUAUAUAUGCAAGAAUACAUAAAUAGAUAAAAUCUUAAAAACAUAUAAAAAAUAUUGAACUUGUACAAAAUGUUUUGCCUACGUGUGAAAAAUGUUACCAUUAUUUAAUUAUAAAUUAUAUUUGUACAAAAAUUUAUAUAUAAAAGCCGGGCCAAGUAUCAAAAAAGAUGUACAUAAGAGAUUAUAUAACAUAUUUUAUAUAUGUAGUUAAUAAUAUUAGUAUUAGGGAAUUUUAAGACUGACGAAGUUGCCUUAAAAUUGUGAAUUUUUGUGCCAUAAAAUUUGUAAAUAUUUUGAAGAUAUAGUUUAAA